AUGGAGUAUUUUAGAAGCGGACUGAAGACGGUGCUGGGGGCGCCAACCCCAGGGACCCAACCUACGGGCCCCGAAACUGUGGAGAGGUUGGUGAGUAGAGUUAGUACGUCGACUUUACUCGAAGACAGGAGGGAUGCCUGUAGAGCUCUUAAGGCGUUAUCAAAGAAAUAUAGAUUGGAAGUUGGGGCUCAAGGCAUGGAUGUUUUGAGGCAAGUAUUAGAGCUUGACUGUGCUGAUUGCGAGAUAAUUGGGUACUGUUUGGAUACUCUGUGUAACAUUACAUCAAAUGAGAUUUUCGAAGAAGAGGGCGAGACUAAUAUUAAUAUGAAUGUGAAUGUUGGGGAACAAUUUACGGAAAUGUUUUUGAAAAACGAGAAAAAUGUUGCUGUGGUGCUUGGUUUUUUGGAGGAGUAUGAUUUUAGAGUUAGGUGGCCUGCGGUGAAACUUCUGACAUCUUUAUUGGCAAAUAAACCUAAAGAAAUUCAGGACAUAAUUCUGGUAAGCCCAAUGGGAGUCUCAAAACUAAUGGAUUUGCUUCUUGAAAACCGUGAAAUCAUCCGAAAUGAUGCCCUGCUUCUUUUAAUAAACCUCACAAAGUCCAACGCAAAUAUACAAAAAAUUGUUGCCUUUGAAAAUGCCUUUGAUAGACUAUUUGAUGUUAUUAAGGAUGAAGGUUACACUGACGGUGGGAUUGUGGUCGAAGACUGUCUAUUGUUGAUGUUAAAUCUCUUGAAAAAUAACACAAGCAACAUAAAUUUCUUCAAGGAAGGUUCUUAUAUACAAAAAAUGUCGCCGAUGUUUUUGUUGCCUGAUAAUAUUGAGGAAAUUGGAUGGAGUCCACAGAAAGCUUCAAAUAUGCAUUGUGUCUUGCAGUUGGUUAGGACUUUGGUCUCUCCAAACAACCCAGUUCAAAUAAUAACUGCAUGUCAAAAAACAAUGAGAAAUACAAACCUUCUUGAGGCUUUGUGUGGAAUUUUGAUGGCCAGUGGCGUACCGGCCGAUAUCUUAACAGAAACAAUAAACACAGUGGGGGAGGUAAUAAGAGGAAAUCUAACGAAUCAGGAAUACUUUGCAAACGUCACAGCCCCCUCGAACCCUCCGCGCCCCGCCAUCGUAGUCCUCCUGAUGUCGAUGGUGAACGAAAAACAACCGUUUCAACUGCGAUGCGCGGUGCUGUACUGCUUCGAGUGUUUCCUGUUCAAAAACGAGAUAGGGCAAGAGCAGGUGGUGCAAACGCUGUUGCCAAGUGCAGCGGGGGCCACCACCUUGACCACCGGCCAACUGCUGUGCAGCGGCAUUUUCAGCGCCGACCCGCUGAGCAAUUGGUUUUCCGCCGUGGCAUUGUCGCACACCCUGCUGGAGAAUCCCGCGCAAAAAGAGCAACUUUUAAGAGUUCUUCUGGCAACGAACCUGGGCGCCCAACCAGUGUCACUCCUGCACCAAUGCGCGGUUUACCUGCAACACACCUCGAAGCUCCAAUCAAAAAUCGGCAUGCUGAUGCUGCUGGCCAUGUGGAUGUCGCAUUGUCCUCCAGCUGUCAAAAUAUUUCUCACGGUACCCGGCGCCAUGGCUUUUUUGACGGCACAGACUUCGGCCAGCGAGUACGACAACAACGAGGAGCUGUUGCAGGGACUCUGCGCAUUCAUAAUGGGUCUGUGCGUGGCGUUCAACGACAAUUCGGAGAAAAACUACUCAAAAGAGAACUUGUCUCAGCUGAUUGAAAAACGCGUCAGCAUAGAGACGUACUGCAAAAAGUUGGGCGAAAUAUCGCGACACGAGGUGUACGCGAAGGCGGCCAAGCAGCCUCAAAUCAAAGCGAAACAUUCCAGCGAGUUGCUUUUGGAGUUUGAGUUUUGCAAGCUGUUCAAAGCGCUGGAGGGGGUCAUCAUACAGGCGCUAGGUGUACAACGGGAUCUUUCAAAUGGUUUAUCUGAGCUCAGCUUAAGUGAGCAUGAAAACGCUCUACUGAUACAAUACAAAGAACUUAUAAGAGACCAAGACAAAAAACUACACGACCUCCAGAAAGAAAUACACACUAUGAAACGUGAAAAUAAAUCGCUAGAGGCACAAAUCGACGAACUAAGUCAAACAAACUCCCAGCUAAACGACCACAACACCCUCCUCAAAGCGCAACUGUCUACGGGGGCAAACAUAACCUCAAACGAGCCUGUUGCGGCAGCAGCGCCUCUAUUGGCCGCAGCGCCCGACCAAGGCUUGCUCGAUAAAGUGAAUCGGUUGGAAUCGGAGUUGCUGGAAAAAAACGAAGAGCUGGAAAGGUUGAGGGGUGACCAGGACAACUUGUUGACUCUUUUGACGGACCAAGACACCAAGUUGUGCUGUUUUAAGAGCAAAUUGAGGGAGUUGGGGGAAACUAUCGAGGAUUCAGAUGGCAAUUCCGGCGAAUCGGAUAACGAGUCCUAG